AUGGUCAAAGCCAUUCGCAUCGGGGUUUUAAUCCAGCUUUCUGUCGGGCUGGCUUCCAGCACUAUCGCCAACUUACCCUAUAACCCAUCUUACGUAUGGGCUCCUUCGCGGGACAAUGACUCCCUGGCAUAUAUCCUCUCGCCCAAGGCUUCCGGCUCUAGUGAACUUCGGCUACGAGCAUUGGACCUAUCAGCUCGAUUUGAUGUAUCAGCACCGCAUUUUGUGGACCUGAUCGGUGCAUCAUCCUUUUUACCCGAACCUGGCGUUAGGAAUAUUGUUCCUAUCCCAAAUAAUGCCGGUCUCCCGGUGGUCUACGCAGGUGACUGUCGUUCAGGCCUGGCUGAGGUGUGGCGUUUUGUGCCUGGUGCAGAUGGAUUUGGUGCCAACGGGACUUGGUCAAAGUCAUUUGUGAAGCAGGGUGGAGAUAAUGAGGAGAUGGAUUUAUCCGGCCCAAAUUACCUAGCCGCCGGGUUCGCGUUCCCAGAUUCAGAAAGGGAGACGGUCUCGGAAGUCUAUAUUUUCGGUGGAAUGUGUCCAACGGUCGAUGUCAACGAGCAGUCCUGGAUUUCGUCGGCUGAUUAUUCUAGGACUAUGAUCUCUUUGCGUCCUGGACAGUCUCUCGAUAAUAACUAUUAUGAAUACUCUAUUUCAUCGAAUUUAUCCCCGCCAGUCGAAGAAGCCGGUUUCAGCAUGACGCCACUUCUCCCGGCAUACUCAAAUUCGUCGUCCGGGAAGCAACUGCCACAACAGAGUUUUGCACUCCUAGGUGGUCAUACCCAGAACGCUUUUCUUAACAUGUCGCGAAUUGCGCUAUUUUCAUUGCCUGAGCGCAGUUGGAGCUACAUUUCAAUUCAGCCCCCUCCUACGCCGCUACCUGCGCAAAUAGAUGCACAAUACGUCCAAGGAAUUGAGCCACGGUCAGGCCAUACAGCUGUUCUGUCUCCAAAUGGAGAUAAGCUCGUUGUAUUUGGUGGCUGGGUCGGGGAUAUUUCUGUCCCUGCUCAGCCGCAGCUUGCAAUUCUUCAACUAGGUGAAGCGUAUGGAGGUUCGGGGGAGUGGACUUGGUCCAUCCCUGAAGAUGCAGUCCGCAAUCUACCCACUGCUGGCAUAUUUGGCCACGGGGCUGCAAUGCUUCCUGGCGGAAUCAUGGCUGUGGUUGGUGGUUAUGAGAUCUCGGGGUCCACAAAACGGUCAAACUUGGAACCUCAAGACAAUUCACGGCUAUACCUUUUCAAUGUUACCUCUGAAGCAUGGGUUACGACCUACAUCCCCCUUGAAAAGAUCGAUUCUUCAAAGGAUAGUUCAGGACCGCUCUCUUCUCCGGGCCAAAAGGCUGGCCUUGGCGUCGGUCUAGGGGUCGGCGUAUCCGCUGCCGUUACAGGAGUGAUCGUUUUAUUUUGUGCUCGGACCCGUCACCAACGAGCCCAUAGAAGAGUUCGUGAGCAAGAACUCCGAAAUUUAGCUCUUGGUGCUGAACGACCUCAUGUAAGUGUUGACGAAACGCCUGGCGGAUUAUAUCAGCCCAUGGUGCAGGUGAAUCGAAAGCAAACAGGAUUUAAUGCGCAUGACGAUGGUUGUGGUGCCGAUGCUGAAAAUAAGAAUGACGAUGAAAAUGGUGGAUCUAUGGCAGAGAGAACGGGCCUGUUGGUUGAUGUACCCAUGCGUGGGUCAAAAAGAGGAAUGCAUUCAAGGACGUAUCAACCGGCAACAUUAUCCGAUGACCUGCGAAGGACUUCGACAUUUUGCAACAUUCAUCCCAUCGAGGAAGGAGAAGAGUACGAGGAAAGUUCCAAGGCCCAAAUCCAAUCAUUACGCUCAAGGGAGGCAAAGAGGCAUAGUCAGAGUUCGAUAAUGUCAGAUCCUUUCAAAGACCCCCCUUCACCGGUUAAAGCCUGCCUUCCACCUCCAAUGAUUCCGUCUCGGCUCGGAGACGACGCGAAAUUGGAAUGGAGGCAUAGUCUUGCAUCUAAUAAUAUGUCGAUAAACGAUAUCCACAGACGUCGUCGUCAACUAGCAGACAAAACUGACCGGACUUUAUCUAAUCUCUCUGAAUCUUCAAAUUCGUCAAUAUCGGCGUCAUCUUAUGGGACGGCCUCAAUGGGAUUGAACCUGGUUACUACCCAAACGCCCGCCUUCCGGUCUCGCCAGAAUCUACCUUUAUCUGACCCAUUAUGUGAAGCGAAGGAUACCAAACAUUACAUUGAAUAUCCUCCUCCACAUUUGCUAGCCAAUGAUCUGAUGUUUAUCCCCCAAGCUUUACAACCAACACCGACUACUGAAGUUUGCGGGCAGAGAGAAACUGGAUCGCCGUUUGGAGUUGGGGCUAGCUCCUUACUUCCGUCUGAAAGACGAGAUCCGCCAAUUCAAAAUAAAACCAAGGCCCGAGAAUGGGUUGGAUCCGUUCGUCGCGCGCUCAGUUUGGCGAAGAAACCGGAAAAUGCCAGGACCAAUUCCCUAGACUCAAAUCUGGCUCCCAGCUUGGAGCGAAGUAUAAGUUCCAGCCCGACAAAAAGUUUCCACAGUGCUCAAGAGGACUCUUUUGGCACCCCAGAUAGUGGCGCAAAGCUGCCACGAAGAGCCGUCAGCACGAAUUCUUCCGUUUUGAGACGUAAGAAGGGUGCAAAAGACUGGGAUGCCAAGCCAUCACCUGCUGAGAGAUCUACGGUGCUCCGGAGAAAAACGUUGGAUGGUACGCUAUCGUUCGAGAGCGGGACUGGCAGCGGCAGGAGCACAUCUUCCCCGGAUACAAUCGACUACCAUGACGAAGAUGAGGAUGAAGAUUGGGAUGUGGAAGCAGCCGCGCAGGGCCGGGUGGUGCAAGUCACGUUUACAGUACCAAAGGAGAAACUGCGAGUUGUAAAUGCAGGAGACGGAGACGGACUCGAUGACGACGACGAUGACGAUGAUGGGAGACGAAGCAAUGACGGCUCUCUAGGGGCGAAAAGCAGCUCUCCCGACGUGGAUUGA